UUUCAGUGGAUUGAAAUUGCUUACAAUUAACCAUUAAACAUUAACCAUUACUGUAUAAGACAUUCUUAAUGAAAUAAAUUUGUAAUAAGUAAAAGCAGUAUGUAAAAUAUUUGAAUGUUGGAGAGUAUUUAAUAAAUAUUUUAAUUCUAAUGGAUACAAAAUUACGCCAUCCAGAAAAAACAACUUCAAGCGAAGAAUGUCAACAAAUGGGAGUAAUCGAACAAGAUAACACAGAUAGCGACUGCUUUCACGAUGCAGAGCAAGAUCUUGAUGAGGAGCCGCAUGGUACAAUUUCAGAGAUUGUUAAAAAUCAGGAAAUUGACUCAAAUGUAUCAUGCAACAAUGAAAGUGAAAUGCAAAAAUCAGUUUCUUCACAAAGUGACCAAAGAAGCGUAGAGUUAAAUUCGAUGACGUCGUCAGAUACAAGCUUAGCAGUAUCAAACAAAUUUUCCAACCUAGCUGUAGAGGAUGAGGAAAGUGAUUACAUGAAUAACGAAGAAUGGAAAAAUAAAUGUGAGCACAUAUUUAUAUUAAGUGAAGCUGGUAAGCCAAUAUAUUCGCUUCAUGGAAGUGAAGAUAAAUUAGCAACAAUAUUUGGAGUUAUCCAAGCACUUGUAAGUUUUGUGCAACAUGGACAGGAUGCUAUCAUAUCCAUACAUGCUCAUAGCAUCAAAUUUGUGUUUCUCGUAAGAAACUCACUUAUACUAGUAGCUGCUUCUAGAAGUAAUAUGAGUGUUCAACAAUUGCAAAUGCAGUUAAGCGAUGUGUAUAGUCAAAUUUUAUCCACAUUAACGUAUUCGCAUAUGAAUAAAAUAUUUGAAAAAAGGAAAAAUUUUGAUUUAAGGCGUCUAUUGUCUGGAAGUGAACGUUUGAUAUACAACCUGCUCUCUAAUUAUAAUGGAAAUAAAAUAACAAACAACGUCUUUGCAUCUCUGACAAAUUCUAUUAGAGUACUGCCCCUAUCAACAGCAGUGCGAUCAAGCAUUGCUAGCGCAAUCCAAAGUAAUUGCUCAAAAAUAAAGAAUUUAGUUUUUGCAGUUUUAAUAGCAAACAAUAAGCUUAUAUCUCUGGUUCGAAUGAAAAAGUAUUCGAUACACCCGGCAGAUUUAAGACUUAUUUUUAAUUUAAUAGAAUGCUCGGAAUCGUUUAAGGCUUCUGAAAAUUGGACACCAAUAUGUUUACCUAAGUUCGAUAUGAACGGUUAUUUGCAUGCACACGUUUCAUAUUUGUCUGAUGAUUGUCAAGCCUGCCUUUUAUUGCUUUCAGUUGACCGAGAUGCUUUCUUUACGCUUUCUGAUGCUAAAAGUCGUAUUACCGAGAAACUACGUCGUAAUCAUUGUCUUGAUGCAAUAAACGAAGCCAUUAAAGUCCGUUGUGAUGUAAAAUUAAAGUUAAGUACAAUAGGUGUACCUGAUUUACGGCAUUUUCUGUACAAACCCAAAUCUAUUGCACAAUUACUGUGCUCAGAGUUGGUAUCGCCCUACACAACAUUAGAACAAUUUAAACGUCUUCAGACAAUUUAUUGUGAUUUAUUGCACCGCAUACAAAACUCCUCAUGUCCACUGAAACUGAUAUACGAAGUAAGAGAACAUGAAGUGGUGUUGGCGUGGAUAACUGCAGCAUAUGGAUUAUAUGCAGUGUUCGAACCAACAGUAGACAAAAGCACUGUGAUUAAGAAUGUUGAUAAAUUAUUGAAAUGGGUCGAGAAGGAAUCUGAAGUUUACUUCAUACGCAAUCAUCCUACAUUCUGAAGAUUUCAUAUAUCAAAGGCAAUUAAUUAAUUAAAUUAUUAUAGAAAAAAAUUAGGUCACGUAAUAUUUUAAUAGUUAU